CGUGUCGCCAUUGUUACUGGUAGCAACACGGGAAUUGGCUACGAAACGGCUCGUGCGCUAGUUCUGGAUCACGGCAUGGAAGUGAUUCUAGCUUGCCGUUCACGGGAUAAGGCCCAAGCCGCAGCCGAUCGGAUUCAACAGGCCUUCCGCACCAGCGCCAGCACUCCGUCGCAACGAGUUGGUCGUGCCGUUGUCAUUCAUCCUCUCGAUUUGGCCAGCCCACAAAGCGUGUUAGACUUUUGCGCCGCGCUCAAGGACAAAUACACCGCCGUUCACGUUCUCGUCAACAACGCCGGUCGGAACACGUCGGGAAAAUCACCCUCCGGAGGCAAUCUCGAUUUGCUCUUCGCCAGUAACUUCAUCGGACAUUUUCUUUUGACCUCACAGAUAAUGCCUUUGUUGCAAGCAGGCGUGGGUGCCAGAAUAGUAAACGUAUCG